AUGAGCUUAGUUGUGUACACAAUUUCGUCGCUAGAGUUAAAGAUCACUGGACAAGGACUGAACGCUGACAAACUCCGUGAUCUUCUUCUCAAUUGCUACGCUCAUGCUGAGGCCUCGUCCAACUCAAUUCGCUCAAAGGACUCGAUAAGUCUGGACGAGAAACGUGAAAUCCAACGACAACAUGCAAUGGACCCUCUACCUGAAGGCUACAUGUUUGACGGCACCAACUAUUUCGACUUCUUCGGCGGUCGGUAUGAGUUCCACCCCUGUAUCGCUCAAUUCAUUGAGGAGUACAUCACGGCAGUGAAUGAGGACAGGAAGGCGACAAACCUGAAGGCCUUAGAAGAGCGCGAGUCCCAGCAGUCUUUCGUCAAGCAGCUUGUGUAG